AUGUAUGGAACAACCUGCCGCAGCAUGCAGUUGAGGCAAAGUCGGUGCCGAAAUUCAAGGAAUUCUUGGAUAAGCACUUUGCCGAUAAACAAUAUAUCGAGCGCACUCCAACAUAACCGGUCUUUGUACUUAAGUGAUAUUAGACGCAGCUACACAGAUAUAUAUCUUCUUGUUGCUUCCAACCAGGAAUCGGUGCACAUUUUGCUUACAAAGCGAAUGACUUCGGAUCAUCCACCCAUUUGUGACCAAACUGAUGGUAAAAACAAACACGCUUUAGACUGGCAUUCCAUCUUG